AUGGAGCGCAUAAAGAUAUCGGGUCUGUUGGGACUCAGCGCCUUGGUCGCUCUCCAGACCUCGGUGGUUCAAGCCAUUCCCUUCGACGGCCAGAUCCGCUCCAUCGCCGACGUUGGCGACUAUGUCUAUCAGGGAUGCUGGGCUGAGCCUUCCAGCGGCAGGGCGCUGGAGAUGGUCACCACGGACAAGCAAAUGACGCUCGAGCUCUGCGCCGGGCUGUGCGCGGCGUCUGCGAAACCAAAGUACUUUGGUGUAGAGUACGGCAAGGAGUGUUGGUGCGGAAAUACCCUCGCCCCCAACGCAACCCGAGCCACCGACGAAUCGCAGUGCUCCACCAAGUGUCCCGGCAACGACGCCGAACGCUGCGGUGCCGGCUCGCGCCUCAGUCUGUUCAUGAACAGCAAAGUUGUACUGCCAGCGGCCCCAGCUGUCAAGGCCGCCGAGGGGUAUACCUACCAAGGCUGUUACACCGACGCCGGGUCUGCCCGUGCUCUGGCCAGAGUCUCCAAGGGCAAUGCCAUGACCGUGGAGAAGUGCACAGCCAUUUGUGCUGGGAGCAAGUACAUGGGCUUGGAAUAUGGCCGCGAGUGCUGGUGCGGACAGGAUCUCGAUGCCUCCAGCGUCCCGGCUGCGAAGGAGUCCGAGUGUAGCUCCGCGUGUUCGGGAGACAGCACUGCCUUGUGCGGAGCCGGCAAGCGUCUCAACCUUUACAAGCUGACCUCGUCGCCCACGAGCUCGGCCGCCCCGAGUGCACCCACCGACCGCGUUGGCGACUAUGUGGCUCAGGGAUGCUACACCGACAAUGACAAGCGCGGGAGGGCACUCACGAAGCUGGCUGCUUCUGACGACAUGACUGUCGAAAACUGUCUGCAACUCGCUUCCGCCAAGGGUCUCAAGUACUUCGGACUCGAAUACGGUCGCGAAUGCUGGGCAGGUAAUGUGCUGCUGUACUCGACGCAAACAGACGAGUCGUCGUGCCGUUCUCCUUGCAAGGGUAACGUCAACCAGAGGUGCGGCAGCGGCGGCCAUCUGAGUCUUUACCUGUACAGUCCGUCUUCUUCCGGCCCUGUCACGUAUGAACUAGAAAAGGCAAACGUCACCAAUGCUUCCAUCGUUCAAGAGAACGGGAAGUCUGUCAUCAACAUGUCACCGCCAGCAAACGGAGAGGCAACGGUCCAACUACCAGCACAGCAAUUACCCGACACCGAGGUCAUAUUUCAAGUUUCCAUCCGCACAGAAGGAAGCAGCGUCCAACGCAGAGCUGUUCUAACCCAGUGCACUCUCCAAAUGUUCCUGGGUGGAGUCAUGAUCUACAACAGCCAGAUCUGGACGACAGACGGCAACUACGUCGUCGUAAGCAGCCAGCCAACCAGUGGUGGUGGCACAUCUAGCCUCGUCAUCAUUGAGCACUGCGCUGCUGAUGCCGCCACCGUCACCAUCGGCGAUGUAGUGGUGACUCCUUCUCAGCCUCAAUCCACAACUUCUUCGCUGCCUAGCACCGCUCCUCGAAGCUCCUCUUUGACGUCGACCUAUUCCCCUGCCGCGACCACGCCGGUUUCUAGUUCGAGUGACACUGGUAUUCCCGGGACUACUUCAUCGUCUGCCUUGACAAGCGAAGAGUCCACAGCAUUCCCUUCUUCGACCAUCAUCCCUUCAACAGCCACUCCGACGCCAACAAGUACGAAUGAGCCUACGACUUCCAGUGUACCGCCCGUGAUUCAGUCACCCACGACCAGUUCUCCGCCUGAUACGACAGUCUAUGAGUACUACGCUCCCUUGUACACUUCAGGCCUUUGCUCUCUUCCCGACAGUCAACCCGCUAGCUGCACUUUGUCUGGUGCCCCGGUGGCGACACGGGACCUAUUGGUCGUGGCAACAGAUGUCCCCUCUUCUAGCAAUGGCGACUGGAGUGCAGCCUACGAGGUGUGCGCAGACUUUUGUGAUUGGUACUAUGGCUGCCAGACAUUUGCGCUCGAACGCCCCGAGGAUACGAGCAAGGAUUCUACCUGUUAUCUCUACUCGGCCGGCAUUUCCGAGUAUGGGCUGUCCUUUGACCCUCAAUAUCGAAACGUCGUCUGGUUUCAGAAAGGCUGCUACCAGUGUAAAUGGUCUCGGAUGGUGCCCAAGGGAAUCUGGACGUGGCCAUCCACGACGUCAACAUCACCGCCGACGUUGGGGACGGCGUCGACAAGUACCUUUGCAUCCACCACGCAGACCACAACUCCUAUAACGAGCGGCCCUCAGACAUUAACGACACCAACGCGUGUCGUGCCGAGUGUCACUAAUGAUCCCGCAAUUACCCCCUUCGUACCGACUGAUAGGCCUGUUUGUUCAAGCCUGCCCUUAAACCCUUCGAAGCAAUGCAACAAGUCCGGAGCACCAAUCCCUACCAUUGGCAUGAUGGCGAUUGCAAAUGGAAUUCCCGCUCCAGCCCAGAAUGGCAACCAAGACAGCUCCAUUGGAAUCUGCGCCCAAGUCUGCCAGAACAUGGACGGGUGCGGGAGCUUCGCCGUAGAUCGGGUUCUCUGGCCCGGCAACCAAAUCGACUGGAGCUGCUACUUCUACAGGAGCCCUGUAUCUUCAUUUUACAGCCAGUACGACCAAGACUAUGCGCGUGUGGUAUGGUUUGACAACGACUGCUAUCAGUGCUUUGUUCCAAGCACCUCUGGGUCAACCACCAGACCUGCCACUGCAACCACAACAAGAGGCAGCACUCGCGUGCCGAUGACCACGCCGCCCAUCAUCGUCAACGACGGUAUCACUAUCUUCUCGGCCCCACCGCUGCAGACCACCUGCUACAGGGGCCAGGGCCAGUACCAGACCAACCGCUGCACCGAGUCGGGUUACGCCACCACCACCCAGUCGCUGCUGGCUGUGGCAACCGGCAUCGCGCCCCCCGAGCCGAGCCAAUACUACAACAUGGAGGUCUGGUACCAGCGCUGCGCGAGCAUCUGCCGCGGCCUCGACAACUGCCAGGGCUACGCCCUGGACCGCGGCACGUGGCCCAACUCGCAGGCCGACUGGAGUUGCUAUUUCUACGGCAUGAACAUCGCGUGGUAUCUGAGCGACAAACAGAGCUCGUCCCAGUACAGCGCGGUCGUCUGGAUGGCGGAGAGCUGCUUCGACUGCCCCAAGCCUGGACCGAUAUUCCCCGAGCUGCCCUCGUCGACGUCCAUCCCGAGCAGUACCGCUCCCACAACCGAAAGUACCACGGCGUCGACAACGGAGGUUCCAACAUCUAUCUUCACCCAGGGGACUCCGACAUCUAUCUUUACCCAGAGAGAUCCGACAUCCAUUUUCACCCAAGGGUCAGAGGUUCCAACGUCGAUAUUCACCCAGGGGUCAGACACCACAUCUAUCCCAAGCAGCACGACGACGUUGACAACAGGGUCUCCGACUGCUACGCCCGCAGUCUGCAAGCGCGCUACGAAUCCGGAUCCUAGCCUCUCUUGCAACAUCCGUGGCUUCAGCACACCUCUAUCAUUUAUACGGGUAUUUAAUGGCAAGACCCAGGCCGAGUGCGCGAGCAUCUGCCAGAACGGUGGCCUUGGGUGCCACAGCUUCUUGUGGAACUCGCCUGUCGACGACUGUAUGCUCUACAGGAGGGAAGUAUGGGAUGAAAUUGGGGAUGCCCCUACUGCGGGAAGGGCAUACAAGGAUGUGGUGAUGGAUGAUUUUGGUUGCUGGGAGUGCUCUUAG